AUGACAGAUAGUUGUCAGGUCAACAACAACAAGCCAGCACUUCCCGCUGCCAGGUUGGGUCUAGCUGCUCGGUUCGGAGUAGGUGGCAUCGACGAAGUGCCACAGGCUAACGGCAAACCAUCGCGUCCAAGCUAUUUAAUGAUUCUGGCCUGGAACGAUGACAUGCAGGAAGCGAAAGCACCGGUACAUUAUGACGAAGCACCUUUGUCCGUUAACGGCAUGGAUACACCCGCUGUCACUGUAGGGGAUUUACCGCAAACUCAGGCAUCACCUUCAGCAAGCGGCAGCGAUAUACCUGAUGCUUCCCUGCUUGCUCCGGGUAACACUGCGUCCGUGGACCCGAGCACCAUAACUGCUUUGCCCGCUGCUUCGAAUCUGCUGGAGGUCACCACGCCUACUUUGCACGUCUGGAUUGAUCUGGUGGGAGGCGACAUCGUCCGUGUACAGCUGCCUGAAUUUCCUAUUGAAAUUGACCAACCAGACAUUCAUUUUCAGCUGUUAAACAACUCAGCAUCGCAAACCUACAUUGCACAAAGUGGUCUGAUUGGUCCGGAUGGCCCGGAUGCUGGGCCCGGACGAGCGGUUUACACCACAGAGCAAAGCAAAGUGAGGAUUGCAGCUGGCGAAGAAAAAGAAGUAGUUCUGCGUCAUGUAGCCGAUGGUGUGCGCAUGGAUAAAGUCUUCACAUUCCGCGGUGAUGACUAUCUGGUUGAUGUACGUUUCGAACUCGCUAAUCUCAGUAGUGCAACCAAACAAGCGGCGAUGUUUGCGCAAAUCAAGCGCGAUACCCGCCCGCCGCCAAAUCAGGAUUCAUUUGCUCUAGCGCCAAGACCUUACCUCGGCGCGGCGCUGACUACCCUGGAUGAGCGUUAUAAAAAGGUCGAUUUUGAAGACAUUGAUGAUGAUGGCCCUCUUGAUGAAACGCUGAACGGGGGUUGGAUUGCUUUUCUACAGCACUAUUUUCUGUCUGCCUGGAUUGCGCCAGCAGAACAAACCAACCGCUUCAACGCGCGUCGCAGCGCAGAUGGCACCUACCUGUUUGGCUUUACCAGCCCACUGCAACAGGUAGCGCCCGGCGCGACAGGUACCUGGGAUGCACAGUUUUAUGCGGGCCCUAAAGACCAGAAACGUCUGGAAGAGAUUGCAGAGAACCUGAACCUCACCGUGGACUACGGAUUUCUGUGGUGGAUUGCUGUGCCCCUGUUCUAUCUGCUUGAUUUCCUGCACGGUCUGGUAGGCAACUGGGGGCUGGCCAUCAUCCUGCUCACAGUGGUAGUGAAAGUCGUUUUAUAUCCGCUGUCAGCAGCAGGUUAUAGAUCAAUGGCCAACAUGCGUCGUGUGGCGCCAUUGAUGAAGCGAUUGCAGGAACGUUACGGCAGCGAUCGCGAGAAGUUGUCUAAAGAAAUGAUGGCACUGUAUAAAAAAGAAGGUGCCAACCCCCUGGGCGGCUGUCUGCCCAUGUUGCUGCCCAUGCCGAUUUUUAUUGCGCUUUACUGGGUACUGUUUGAAUCCGUUGAACUGCGCCAGGCACCGUUUUUCCUGUGGAUCAACGAUCUCGCGGUAAUGGAUCCGUUUUUCAUCCUGCCGUUGUUAAUGGGUGCCAGCAUGUACUGGAUGCAGACUCUUAACCCCCAGGUUGGUGAUCCAUUGCAGAUCAAAAUGAUGAAGAUGAUGCCCAUCAUGUUUACCGUGCUGUUUCUGUUCUUCCCCGCCGGUAAUGCAGUGGCCACUUCUCUGCACGAUGAUCUGAUAGCGGCCGUUGCCACGCCUCCGGGUCAGGUUGUGGCGCGUCUACAACAGGGUAUUGACCGCCUGCAGCAACUCAAGCUGGAUUCUGUGCAGGGUCAAUUGUUGAACGAAGGCGCAUCUGUUGCUCUGCUUGGGGCGCCAAAUGCAGGGAAAUCCAGUUUGCUGAACGUGCUGUCCGGUGAAGAAGCCGCUAUUGUCACAGAUAUACCCGGGACCACCCGGGAUCUACUGAAAGUCGACUUACUGCUGGAUGGGUUGCCCCUGCGUCUGGUGGAUACUGCCGGACUGCGCGAGAGUGCUGACCAAGUAGAGCAGAUGGGUGUAGCCCGCGCCAAGGCUCAGGCUCAGCAGGCGGAUCUUCUGCUGAUAGUCGUGGAUGCCACUGCCAUAGCAGCCACCGGGUUAGAUGCUUAUGUCUCGGAUCUGCUCAGCAGCGUGAAUGUAGAUCUGGACUCACUUCCUGCCAUCGUGGUUCUCAACAAAAUCGACCUGUUGCCAGAACCGGAAACAGCGUUUGCCGGCGACUUCAUCAUUGUGCAGGUGUCUGCUUUACAGGGCACCGGAUUGUCGAAUCUGCGUGCCGCUAUCAAAGAUAGACUGGGUUUUAAUCAAAGCGAAAGCGGGUUUAUUGCUCGUGCCAGGCAUGUGGCUGCACUGGAGCUGGCCCUGGACCAUCUGGAUGAGGCAAAACGACUCAUAGAUCUGGGUGAAGACACCGAGAUAGCAGCCGAAGAGAUGCGUUUUGCCCACAAUGCCCUGGGUGAAAUUGUUGGAACGGUUACCCCGGAUGACCUGUUGGGCACGGAAGCAGCCGCUGCGUCGGCGCGCAUGGGCGUGCGGACGCUAUUGUUGACCCAGAAUAUUGAAACCAUAGGUCAGAUGUCCUGCAAUCCAGCUAUUGGUGGUAUUGGUAAGAGUCAUCUGGUGGCUGAAAUUGACGCCAUGGAUGGUCUGAUGGGUAAAGCCGCAGAUCUGUCAGGCAUACAUUUCAAGGUAUUGAACGCCAGUAAAGGACCGGCUGUAAGAGCUACCCGUGCUCAGGCGGAUCGGGCUUUGUACAAAAACGCCAUACGUGAUCUGUUAGAACACCAGCCCAAUCUGCAUAUCUUCCAGCAGUCGGUUACCGACUUUGUGAUAGAAAAUGAUCGUGUAAAAGGCGUUGAUACACAGAUGGGGUUGCGCUUUUCCUGUGACAGUAUUGUGUUGACCACGGGUACCUUUCUAGGUGGAAAAAUUCAUAUCGGCACAGAAAACCAUGCUGGUGGACGUGCAGGAGAUGCUCCUUCGAUUGCGUUGGCCGAGCGCUUGCGCGCCUUGCCAUUCAGAGUGGGUCGCUUGAAAACCGGUACCCCGCCGCGCAUUGAUGGACGCACGGUUGACUUCAGCGAGCUGCAGGCACAACCAGGUGACGAUCCGAGACCGACGAUGUCAUUGUUGGGUGAUCCUGCCACACACCCACGACAGGUUGACUGCUACAUUACAGAAACAAACGCACAGACUCACGACAUCAUCCAGAACAAUAUAGAACGAUCUGCGAUGUACAGCGGUGCUAUUGAAGGAGUUGGCCCUCGCUACUGUCCCAGUAUUGAAGAUAAAGUUGUGCGUUUUGCAGACAAAACAUCGCAUCAGAUUUUUAUUGAACCUGAAGGUCUCAACACAACGGAGCUUUAUCCCAACGGUAUUUCUACCAGCCUGCCGUUUGAUGUGCAGUUGCAGUUUGUGCGCAGCAUAAAAGGGUUUGAAAAUGCACAUAUUUCCAGACCGGGUUACGCCAUUGAAUACGACUACUUUGAUCCUCGAGACUUGAAUUAUUCGUUAGAGACAAAAGCGAUCAGCGGGCUAUAUUUUGCGGGUCAGAUUAACGGCACCACAGGUUAUGAAGAAGCGGGUGCGCAAGGUUUGCUGGCAGGCAUUAACGCUGCUCGUAGUGUGCGGGGUGAAAUGCCCUGGGAACCCCGUCGUGAUGAAGCGUACAUAGGCGUGUUGGUAGAUGAUCUGAUCAAUCUGGGUACCAGCGAACCAUAUCGUAUGUUUACCAGUCGUGCGGAAUUUCGUCUGCGUUUAAGACAGGACAAUGCAGACCAGCGGUUAACGCAAACUGGUGUUGUGCUGGGUGUAGUAGGUACAGACAGAGCCCAGGCAUUUGAGAAAAAGCUGGCUGGGUUAGGUUCGUUGCAUAAAGAUGUUGGUGCGACUCGUGUAGUACCCGCCUCCAACGAAGAAAAAAUGUUGGGCGUAUCUCUGAAUAAACAUACAGAGUUAGCUGCGGUGCUGAGACGUCCGGAAGUGACGACACAGAACUUUGCACAACUGUUCCCGGAGGUAGACAUCAGCCUGAUAGAACAGGUCAUGAUAGAAACAAAGUAUGCAGGUUAUAUUUCUCGUCAGGAAGAUGAGAUUGAAAAAAUACGCCGUCACGAAAGUAUGGUUAUCCCGACCAACAUGCGUUACGAAGGCAUAGACGGCUUAUCCAAUGAGUUGCGCCAGAAGCUGGAGCAGAAUCAACCUGCUACUCUGGUUGUUCGCAACCUGUCGCUGGAUCAUGUUGAGGUGGCGGAAGGUGAUUUCGGGCAGAUGAUUGCUGACGAUGAUAUGUACGACACGAUAACCGCCCGGGGUGUAACGACAGCUCCAGAGGUUUGGGCUAUGGUGGGGAAACACGUUUCAGCAGCCGGCCGGAUACUGGUAUACGAGAGCACACAGAUGAAUAUGGAAGAAGACGAGCAGCUCCCUGCAGCAUCAACCCUGGCAGAUUCCACAAAGGUACAGGCUGAUCGCUACAUCUAUAAUAAAGGGGGCGUUGCCAAAACAACAACCAGCGUUAAUCUGGCCGCCUCGCUUGCGCUAUCUGGCGGUAAGGUCCUGCUGGUUGAUCUGGAUGCUCAAGGCAAUGCAACCAUGGGUUGCGGUAUAGAUAAAAACACUGAUCUCGCCACGACUUACGAAUGGCUGGUGGAAGAUAAACCUGCCAGUGAAAUAGUUGUGCAUUGUCAGGGUGGUUUUGACGUGUUGCCGUCGAACCUGGAUUUAACAGCGGCGGAAGUUCACCUCAUGCAAUCUGAGGGGCGUGAAUUUCAGAUACGUCAGCGGUUGCAGGCCCAGGCACAGGCUUACGACUAUGUCAUCAUCGAUUGCCCACCCAGUUUGAGUAUAUUGACGGUCAACGCACUGGUGGCGGCAGAUGGUGUGCUGAUCCCGAUGCAGUGCGAAUACUACGCGCUGGAAGGUUUGUCUGCCCUGCUGGAAACCGUAGAGGGGAUUCAAAGUGGGCCGAACCCGGACCUUGUGGUUGAAGGUAUUUUGCGCACCAUGUAUGACCCCCGUAACAGCCUGACCCGUGAUGUGUCUCGACAGUUAAUAAAGUACUUUGGUGAUCAGGUGUUCCGUACGGUUAUUCCCAGAAAUGUGCGAUUGGCUGAAGCACCCAGUCACGGUUUGCCCGCGAUUCUUUAUGAUAGAACCUCUCGAGGGGCCGUCGCCUACAUGGCACUCGCAGGAGAAUUUCGACAGAAACACCAACGCAGCGCCCUGCCGCAUUAA